AUGUCGACUUGGGGCGUUUCCACACUGGCUGUAGCGACAUCCGACACUGACCCCUCCCUCGUCCUCACUUUCGACACGGCAAAGUACAUUUUCAACCUCGGUGAAGGGUCGGGACGCGUCUACAUCCACUCUCCCAAUGCCCUACGUAACUUGAAGGCGUUCUUUGUGACCGGGGUUGCAACACGGCAUUGCGCCGGGAUGCCAGGCAUGAUGAUGUUCUGUGCGGAUGGUAAUGUGUCCCACCUGUCUUUGGUUGGCCCACAUGGAUUGGCCCACCGUCUUGCGUCUAUGCGUCACUAUCUGCACCGGUCAUCUAUCUCUGUAGACGUCGCGGAAGCUUCUUAUAAGUCGAUUCAAGCCACGGACACCCCCUCUCCAGUAUUCAAGGACGAGAAUAUCACAGUUUACUCCAUCCCCCUUGCUCCGUCGACUGAAACUCCGUGUUCUGUCGAGGUGGCAGAACGACCGCUCAAGCGCAAGCGGUCCCCUUCUCCACCCGCUUCGUCCAAACGGGGCCGUCUACAACAACGCGCAUCCUCCCCGUCCUUCAUACCUUCUGUUCUGGCCGAUGCAGACGCAGACGAAUGGCGACAGAUCAUGAUACAGGAGAUGUUCCCGUUCCAGCAGCCAGAGCCGUCUCAAGAUCCAUCGACCUCCAGGAAAGCGAAGAAGGCCGCUCGCGACGCCGCUGUAGAACGGGCAGCGAAGGAGCGAGCCAAACGCCUCCCAGUCAGGGCGAAGUUGCAGCGCCUGCCGCCCUUCUCGCCUGGGGAAGAUUCAGGCUCCCCUCUUCCUACCAUGGCGUACGUCGUCGUCGGCCCCAGUGUCAGGGGUAAGUUCGACGCCCAAAAGGCCAAAGAACUCCAGAUCCCCAACGGCCCCCUACGACGUGAGCUCACCACUGGGAAGUCUGUGACGUUCGAAGUAGACGAUGGUGACGGUGGCAAGAUUCAGCGCACGGUUCAUCCGGAAGAGGUUAUGGGGGCGACGGAGAUGCCGAGAACUGUCCUGAUCCUCGACGUUCCUACUCCGGCGCACAUCCCGGCGUUGAUGACAGCGUUUACGGAUUCACCGUUCUACGCCAAGUUCCGCACGAAAGACCCCAAGGUCGUUGCCGAGUGGCCUGUGCCCGCUGUCUAUCACUUGUGCGGUGAAGACGUACUAGAACAUGACCUGUACAAAGACUUCAUGAAUGGUUUUGGGGAUGAGACUCAGCAUGUUAUCUCGUCUCGAGCUCACACUGCGGACAUGAUCAACUUCGACCGAUCGGCGCUUUGUCUGGCGAGGCUAAACAAACUCGAUGAAAACAUGUUCCCUAUCCCACGUUACUCGCUGGAAGCUGCAAGAGAGCUCUCAUCUGUUCCGGGGCUGCCUGCCAACAUCCUGCCAUUAGAAGUCAACUUACAUGUUCAAAUCCGUCCGACGAAGCCUCCAGCACGAGACCAAUCCAAGAACAUCUUCAACCAUUUGGCGAUAUCUGGCGACCCUGUGGAGAUUUCGGAAAGGACCCGGAAAACGUUCGGCCUCGCCCAAGAGUUUGUUCAAUCGCGGAGACGACCCGAUGCAACGCCCUCCCGGCUCCCCGGUGGUGACGUUGUAGUCACAACGUUGGGUACGGGAAGCGCGGUCCCCACGCACCUUCGCAGUCUAUCCGCAUUGCUGGUCCAGACCCCGGAAAAUGGCAGUAUACUCCUGGACUGCGGUGAAGGGACGUGGGGACAAAUUGCACGAGCCUUUGGCGAAGAUCCCGCCCGAAAAUCUGGAGCAUGGGCCGUUCUGCGCGACCUGCAGUGCGUCUUCCUCAGCCACAUGCACGGGGACCAUCAUAUGGGUAUUGCCAAGCUGCUCAGCUUCCGAGCGCAGAUGGAUCCUCCUCCCUCAGGUCCUCUCUAUGUGGUCGGACUGCGGCAACACUUCCUAUACCUCUUGGAGCAGGCUGAACUCGAGGAUCUUGGUCUCAGUGGUCCCAACGGCGUUGUCCUGGUUCUUGCAGAUGCGCUCACGCCUGCUACACCUACGCCUGUGAUGUGGUUCGUCUCGCCCGACUUGGCUCACUUUUUAAUCUCUAGCGCUCGCCAACGCGCCGACGAGAUGGCUAAUGUCCUUGGGCUGGAUCGUUUCCAGACUGUUUUUGUCAAACAUCGAACACGUUGCUACGGGCUUGUUAUGCACCAUAAGUCCGGUUGGAGCGUCUGCUACUCUUCCGACACCAUGCCCAGUGAAGAACUUGUCCGGGCCGGAAAAGAUGUCACUUUGCUGAUCCACGAGUGCACCAUGGGCACAGACGAGGAGGCCAUGGCCGCAGCCAAAGCCCACAGCACGUCCAAGCAAGCCCUGGACGUCGGACACCGAAUGGGCGCGAAGAACAUCCUCCUCACCCACUUUUCCGCCCGCUACCCGGCCAUGCCACCCUCCUUCGGCCUCCGGCGCUCCCGCUCCCGCUCCCCGUCGCCCGACGUCGACCCGAAGCGCGCGAGGGCGCCCCCCGUAGGGACCGCGCUCGACUUCGCGCGGAUCCGGAUCGGGGACAUGUGGCAGCUCGAGUCGUACGGGGACGCGAUCCUCGCCGCGCUCAUCGAGUCCAGCGGGGAGGAGGCGGGCGAGAUCGACGUCGCCGCGCUACAAGCGGCGGCAAUGUGA